ACCAAAAGUCACGUUAUAGAUGAAAGCGCCACUAUUCUAUGUACAUUUAGCAGACAAAGCGGAUCUGUUCGAUAUUGGGGGGGGGGGGGGAAAUGUUCAGCACCAGAGGAGGUAUUGGUGUGACUCAUGCGUGCGUAGUAACGAAUAAAUAGUCAAUGCACGCGGCUCUAAAUAUCAGCAAAUCAAACGUAGGCUACUUCUCUAAAAAGGUCACUGUGGAUUGGAUUUUGUAGACUGAUAUUGAACUGAUAUUCAAAACCCUGUUUUUCUUGAAGUGUCAAAAGCGCACCAGACGUUGCGUUGCGUUGCCAACGGACUUUAUUUCAUCAUCGUCCCAUAGUUUCUUUCUGGGGCUCUACUUGGUCACCUGUACCCACCCUCAGCACGUGAAUGUGACUUUUCAUCUUGAAUAAAAUAAGAAAGGUUUCGCAGAAAGUGACAGCGAGCUUUGGAGUGAGGACAUUUGUACUGUAUCUUAGGAGUGAUGGCGGCGUCUGCACCUUCCUCGUCUGGCAACGAACCGGAUCCCAACUCGACAAAUUUACGACCACCAGGCUCAAGCUAUGACGCUUGGUGUGGAGUUGCUCACGGAUGUUCUAGAAAAUUGGGAAUGAAGAUAUGUGGAUUUUUGCAGAAGAACAACAACCUCGAGGAGAAGAUUAGAUCGUCGAAGGACCUGCUGGAUAACAGCGACAGGGAUUCCCGUUUCAGACGCACGGAGACGGACUUUUCCAAUCUAUUUGCUAGAGAUUUAUUACCAGCUAAAAAUGGAGAGGAGCCAACUAUGCAGUUUUUGUUGGAGGUGGUGGAUAUUCUCACAAACUACGUCCGGAAGACCUUCGACAGAUCCACCAAGGUCCUGGACUUCCACCACCCCCACCAGCUGCUGGAAGGCAUGGAGGGCUUCAACCUGGAGCUAUCUGACCAACCUGAAUCUCUGGAGCAGAUCCUGGUGGACUGUAGGGAUACCCUGAAAUACGGAGUGAGAACAGGUCACCCCAGGUUUUUCAAUCAGCUCUCUACCGGCUUAGACAUCAUUGGCUUGUCAGGAGAAUGGCUCACCUCCACUGCAAACACUAACAUGUUCACCUAUGAGAUUGCCCCAGUCUUCGUGCUCAUGGAACAGCUGACGCUGAAGAAGAUGAGGGAGAUCAUUGGCUGGCCUGAUGGAGAGGGCGAUGGGAUAUUCUCACCAGGUGGAGCGAUAUCCAACAUGUACAGUGUGAUGAUCGCCCGCUACAAGUUCUUCCCUGAAGUCAAGACCAAAGGCAUGACUGCUGCCCCCAGACUGGUGCUCUUCACCUCUGAGCAUAGCCACUACUCUAUAAAGAAAGCCAGUGCUGCUCUGGGCUUUGGAACAGAAAACCUGAUCCUGUUGAGCACAGAUGAGAGAGGGAGAGUCAUUCCCGCUGAUUUGGAAGCCAAGGUCAUCGAUGCCAAGGCGAGGGGUUGUGUCCCAAUGUUCGUGAACGCUACAGCUGGUUCCACAGUGUAUGGAGCAUUCGAUCCCAUCCACGAGCUUGCAGACAUCUGCGAGAAAUACAACAUGUGGUUACAUGUGGAUGGUGCGUGGGGAGGAGGCCUACUGAUGUCCAGGAAGCACAGGCACAAGCUGUGUGGUGUAGAGAGGGCCAACUCGGUCACCUGGAACCCUCACAAGAUGAUGGGUGUGCCACUGCAGUGUUCUGCCAUUCUGGUCAGAGAGAGGGGAGUUUUAUCAGGCUGCAACUCCAUGUGCGCUGGCUACCUCUUCCAACCAGACAAACAGUACGAUGUAUCGUACGACACGGGGGACAAGGCCAUCCAGUGUGGACGACAUGUAGAUAUCUUCAAAUUCUGGCUCAUGUGGAAAGCGAAGGGAACAAUAGGGUUUGAACAGCACAUCGACAAGUGUUUGGACCUCUCGCAUUAUCUCUACACUAAAAUAAAGGGUCGCGAGGGCUAUCAGAUGGUGUUCGAUGGAGAGCCCCAGCACACGAAUGUCUGCUUCUGGUACCUUCCGCCAGGCAUUCGUGACAUGCCCGAUGGUCAGGAGAAGAGGGAGAAGUUGCAUAAGGUGGCCCCCAAGAUCAAGGCGUUGAUGAUGGAGUCUGGAACUACCAUGGUGGGCUACCAGCCUCAGGGAGACAAGGUCAACUUUUUCCGAAUGGUCAUCUCCAAUCCUGCCGCCACCAGGUCAGAUAUCGACUUCUUGACCGAUGAGAUUGAGAGACUGGGGCAGGACUUGUAAUGGCCACACCCAUUAGGAGGAUGUUGCCCUUUGACCUUUCAUUCUCAGCUUUGUCAUGUCCAGCUCUAAAAAGACCCCGAGCUACACUGAGCUUCAUAUUCCUGUUGUCUCUUGACCAAUCAUGUAGGACUUUGAAUCUUCAGCUGCUUAUAGGUCUUUUUAGACCACAGGAAACCUUCAGAAUAAUAAAUGUGGGUCUCAUCUGUU